GAGGCAGAGGACCCUUUGCUGCUGCUCUCUCUCCCCCCCCCCUCUUCCCUGUGCCGCUUUCUGGCGCUGCCGCAGCAGGGAGCUGUGGGCAGAGCCAGCAAGCAGCGCACGACUGCAGCAAAGGAUGCAACGAGUCGCGGCACCAGCCACAAGCCGCAGCCGCACGCCGUUGGACUCGGGCAUGCCGCUGCAGCCUCCGUCCCUCUGAGUCGAGUUCUUCCUUCUUUUCUGCCUGAUUUUCUGAGGCGUCAUUUCCAGCUGGAGGUGUGUCUUUCCAGGGAAAAACAAGACGUUUCCGGCGUCGUGGUUCCUCAGAACUGCAUUCAGCAUCCUACCUAUUCUGCCCGUGUCUCGAAGCUCUCCCCCCUCUCCGUGGUGCUGCUAAUCUCGCUGCUGGCGAGGCUUCGGCAGCGUCAGCAGCAGAAACAGCAUCAGCAAGUCACAGGCAGCUGUCUUCUGUACGCGCAGCGGCUGUCAGCCUCGCCCCCCCCCUCCCUGCUGCAGCAGAUGCAUACAGGAAAGCCCUUCGUGUGCUUCUGCUGCUCCCGCCGCUUUUCGAGCUCUGCCUCCAAGUUGUUGCACCUGGAGCGUCACAUGCGACGCCGCAGGCAGAAGCAGCAACAGCAGCAGCAGCAUCAAAUGGGAAGCGGAGGAGGCGUGCGGCACACCACUGCAGCCUCCAGGAUACGUUCUAUUGCGACAGCAACAGCAGCUCGUCAGCCCUGGCCUGCUGUCGCCUCGUGGAUCAGAGCAGCGAGUUGCUCCUCGCCUGAAUCAGACUCGCCAGCAACAACAGCAGCACUUGCAGCAGCUGAUGCGGAAGGUGGAGGCUUCAGUGCCGCGGGCAUGGAGUAUGGCCUACAGCAGCAAAUGGCGGCAACAGCGCAUGCUUUGAACACCCUGGCGAGGGCGGAGCUUAGACAGCACGAGGAGGUGCAAGAGGAUCAGGAGAUAGUACCGCAGGAAGAUCUUCCUGAGGGACGCUUCCAGGCGCUAAAGCGUCAUGACCGAUUUCCUUCGUGGCUGCCUCCCUCCUUAGGCUUGCACAUAGAAGCAGCAGCGGGCAUUGUGGAGGCUGCGCAGCGCGCUUCUGCAUCUGGGGGACUGUCGGGAGGGGAAGCUGAGUGCUCCAAGGCGGGAGCCUCCGCCUUAGAGCACUCAGCUUCUGCUGCGACGGCACGCGAAGGCCGUCCCACAGAGCAGCAGCAGCAGCAGCAAGCAACAGAUCUGGCCCGUGUCACAGCAGAAGCCGCUCGACAGCUGCAGCAGCACGAGACAAAGCUGUGGCAGUGGUGUCUCGCGGCAGCAGACUUUGGCGACUGCUCCCGCGAGCCGCCCCUUCCGGUGGGAAAUUCUUGGGGGGAGGAAAACUCUUCUGAAGGUUCUGACUGUGCGCAUCAUCGCAGUGUGCCUUUGGAGGCUCCCGGAGGGGCCCUCAAGAGCUUCUCCGCUUCCCCGCGUCAGUGGGCUGCUGCUCUGUCGCAGCUUGCUGCUGCCUUGCCUUGCGAGACCACAGCAGCGCUGGCGAAGGCAGCGCAUGCAAUCGCGACUGGCGAGUCUGCAGCGGCUGCGGCAGCCGCUGCCGACUCCGAGAGUCUGCUGAAUGCCUUGCGGCAGUGCGCAGUAGGAGGAGCAGCGGCAAAUGCAGCAUCCGUCUGUCCGGCUCGCGUGCUCGUGCAGGAAGCUGAGAGGAUGAAGCGCUGCUACCUGUGUGGCUGUGGGUUCCAGCUGCAGCUCGACGAGCAGCAGCAGCAGUACUAUCUUCCCGACACCAUCGGCGUGGUGCUGCAGCAGCAGCCAGAGCAGCAGCAGCUUGCCGCGGCCAUUGUUGCUGCAGUUGCGCCGGCUGUUCGCUCAGCUGUUCAGCAUACCAGCGACAGCGAGAACAUGUGCGUUGAAGGAUCGAUUGAGGGAAACAACGCCAGCAUACGUCUCAUGGAAGUCACGGCAGCGGCAGCGGCGAUUUCUUCUGCUCCUCAGUUGCGACUUGCGGCCGUCCACCCCGUCGGCGCCUUUGCGUCUAGCAGGAGCACACAGCACCAACAAGGCCCACAGCUAGACUACUACACUAAGCAGCAACAGCAGCAGCAGCAGCCAAAGUACAUGGAGUUGAGCAGCUGUAUCGGUGCUCAACCAGCGGCUUUGUCUGUCGCUUUGGACCUGGAGGGCGCUCUGUUACUUUCUCAGUCGACGGUUGCUGAGGGAAGUGCUGCCUCCGCUGUCGCUUCGGCUGGAGGCCGUGCAGCAUGUGCAGCAGAUGCUGCUGCAGCGGCGGCUUACAGAAGCCUUGUUAGCAUGGAUCUGACUGAGGGGGAUCUAGAUCCCCACCAGCAAGAAAUGGUUUCCCUUCUACGGCAGCAGUUGCCGGAGUCUAUGCAGAUUCAAAAACGCGCAGCGGCCCCCGUAAAACACGCGUCUGCAUGCACGGAUGCUUCAGCCACUGGGGCUCAGAGUGAAUUGACGCUGCAGCGAGUGCUGCCCACCGAUCUGGUGUACGUACACCGCGACUGCUACUUGCAGCACCUCCAGCAGCACAGUUCCUUCUUCCGGCUACUGAUUCUUCUGCUGUUGUUGCGUUGGUCAAACGCACCAGAGAACAAGCAUGCACUGUUGCUGGUUGGGCAGGUGCUCCUACAGCUGGUUCAAGAGCAGUGCUUCAGCAAUGCCAGCAGGAAGCGCCAGCAAAUCCUCACGUGGCCGGAGCACAUGGGGAGCUUAGAGACUCCUUCAUCGACAGCGGCAUGGCGUCCACCCGCCAUUAAGGUUCGAAAGAGAUUCUGA